AUGGGAAAGAAGAAGAAGGGAAGCAAGCUAGACAUCCGCACGGACUUGCUGAAGAGUUUCGGAACGGAUGUUUUCAGCUCCAGCAAAGUCACUGCCGACACAUUUUCACCACAGGAGACACCUGACAAAAGUCGGCCAGAACAAGAUGGCGGACGGAAGCGUCACAACCCCCUGGAGACGGCCAACUGGUUCUCCAAGAUUUUCUUCUGCUGGGUGAACGGGCUCAUGGCGACAGGCUACAGGAGGAAGCUGGAGCAGGACGACAUGUACCCGCUGAGAGAGUGCGAUACCGCCGAGACCGCUACCAACGAGUUCAGACCGUACUGGGAAAGAGAAGUGAAGAACGCUACGCCGGACAAACCGCCCAGGUUCCUAAAAGCCCUGAUCAGAUGUUACGGCCUGCGAUAUUUCCUGAUGGGGUUUGUGUCGCUUUUAGAGGAAGCCACAGAGAUGAUUGAGCCUUUCCUUAUCGCAUACAUCAUCAAGUAUUUCGAGCCCAACAGCGGCGUGACCAGGGAAGAGGCGUACAUGUACGCCGGGAUUAUUGCAGGCAUGCAGUUUCUCGAUGUCAUUAUCGGCUACUAUGAAUGGCCCGUAGACCUGUGGGGGUUUCGUAUGGAAACCGCGAUCGUCAAUGUCGUGUACGAGAAGAUUUUGCGAUUGAGCACCGGCGGACUCUCCAAGACUUCAACGGGCCAAAUCGUCAACAUUCUUGACGAAGAUGUGGAAGCCUUUGAAGACGGUUUUGACGAUUUCCAUGAGUUGUGGAUUUCUCCCAUUAUUAUUGUGUUCAUCUGUUGGUACCUGCUGUACUACAUCGGAAUUUCCGUCCUGGCCGGACUCGGCUACAUCUUCCUGAUGUUAGUCCUCGAAGGAGCCAUGAUGCCACUUCACAUCAAAUACAGCAAUUUGGAAAACGUAACGUCAGACGCGCGUGUGGACAAGUUGAAUCAGAUUAUCCAGUCCAUGAAAAUGAUCAAGCUACAAGCAUGGGAGAAACCCUUUAGUGACGUCCUCCAGAAUCUCAGGAAGGCAGAACUGUGGGCGAUGCUGAAGGGUGACAUCGUGAUGGGAGUACUGGAGGUGCUGGAGUGGGUGGGGAUGGAUCCCGCAACUUUCCUCAUCCUGAUGACUUAUGUUCUCAUGGGCAACGUGCUCACAGCAGAGAAGGCGUUCAUACUGAUGAUGUUUCUGGAGGAGCUGGAAGAUGCCAUCGAUGACUUCCCAGAAGCCAUGGAGAGCAUGGCAGAUGUCAAAGUUUCAGUCACUCGACUAGAGACUUUUCUUUUACUAGAAGAACACCCAGAGUCUGCCAUUGAUGCUGCUCCCAAAGGUCCGGACGAAAGUCCGUCAGGCGACGUGCUUCCGAAAGGAGUGUCUGUGGACAUCAGUAAUGCAAAAUGGAAGAAGACAACAACGCUGUCCAAUGUCAAGUUCGACGUUAACGAAGGUGAACUGAUUGCUGUCAUUGGGCCGUCGGGCGCUGGGAAGACCGCUUUAUUGUGCACGCUUCUGCGGGAACUUGUGCGGGUGGAGGGUAAGGUGGAGGUGCGGGGAACGGUGGCCUUCACCGCCCAGGAGCCGUGGGUCUACCCCGACACCGUCAGAAACAACAUCGUGGACUUCGGGAAACCAUUUGACCAAGAAAAGUAUGAAAGAGCACUCAGCAUCAGCGACCUGAAAACGGAUUUGAAGGGAAUGCCUUACGGAGAUCGGACGUUUGUCGGGGACAUGGGAGGCAAUCUGAGUGGGGGUCAGAGGGCUCGACUCGGUCUCGCAAGAGCCGUGUAUGUUGACGCCGACAUUUACCUUCUGGACGACCCUCUCAGUGCUGUGGACGCCGCCGUGGGGAGAAAAGUCUUCAACAAGUGUAUCCUGGGCGCUCUUGGAAGUAAGACCCGCAUCCUGGUGACACAUCAGCUACAGUUCGUGAAGCAAGCUGACAAGGUUCUGGUCCUGGACGAGGGCGACCAGGUUGCUUUUGGAACGUACGAGGAAGUUGUGGCGUCUGGAGCUGACUUCACGGAACUCUUGUCUCGCGAUGACGACUAUCCUUCGACGGAUGAAGAGCAGAAAGGCUCAGUAGAGAGCUUCUACGGCAGCCGGACCAGUGUGGCGGGAGACGACCCUGAAAUGAGCAAGGCUACAAACUUUGUGGAGGAAGAGAGAGUGACGGGAAGCGUGAGCUGGCGGGUGUACCUCAAGUACAUCACAGCUGGACCUCCGCGCUGGUUCUUGUUCGUGCUGGUUCCCGUUCUCAUUGCUUUUGAGGCUCUUGACGUGCUGGGAGAUUGGUGGGUCGCUCACUGGGUGGACACCCUCGUUAAGGUGAACAAAACCAUGCCGAACGGACAACCCCGGAUUCUCCCAGAUCCCGUCUCCAUCUAUCACCUGAAAGUGUACGCGAUCCUCGAGGGUGUCGGCAUCUUGCUGUCCAUCGCAGCUGCCGUGAUGCUCAUCUACGCCACCUACAUAGCUUCAGUCAACAUCCACAACAUGAUGUUCAACGCCAUCGUCAGGGUGCCCAUCAGCUUCUUUGACAAGAACCCCAGUGGACGGAUUCUGAACCGGUUUUCGGACGACUUGGAAGCGGUGGAAGAUGACAUCCCCGAGGAGAUCAUGGACGGCACCGAGGCUCUCCUGGGGCUCAUCGGUUCGGUCGUGAUGAUUUGCAUCGGCAACCCUUGGGCCAUCCUGCCGACCAUCCCGCUCGCUGUUUUCUUCAUUGCCAUGUACAUCUACUACAUAGACACGGAGCGGCACCUGGGCAGACUCGCAGCAACAACCUCCAGCCCCAUCUAUACGCACGUGUCCGCCAUCUCGAACGGACUGUGGACGAUUAGGGCUCUGUCUGCGCAAGAGAGCUUCAAGAGGCGGUUCAGGCGUAUUGUGGAUAGGCACAACGAGGUUGAAUUCGUGGACUUGGCGAGUGAGUCCUGGUACGAGGUCCGAGUAGAGCUACUGGACGCCGUCUUCGUCACCUGCGUCACUUUCUUAUGUAUAUUCUCGUCACAAAAUCUCGGUGCCGGACUUGUGGGUCUUGUUCUGACCUACACUCUGGACAUGUCCGAAACCGUCGAGGAUAUUAUUGAGUCCUUGACAGAAAUGGAGAGUGUGAUGAUCCACGCUGAAAGGGCUUUCGAGUAUGCGGAGCUGACGCCGGAAGCGCCUUGGGAGACGGACGACAAGCCGCCGCCGGACUGGCCGGCGUACGGCGCCAUCGACUUGCGCGGAGUCAGCCUCUCUUACGACAAGGACGGACCUGCCGCGCUGAAGAACAUCAACCUCAGCAUACACGGGGGAGAGAAGGUGGGUAUCGUGGGCCGUACCGGCGCGGGUAAAAGUUCUCUGAUGAUGGCGCUGAUGAGGCUUGUAGAACCGACAGGCAGUAUCCGGAUAGACGGGGUGGACAUCGCCAAACUCGGGCUGCACGAUCUCAGGAAGAGGAUCUCCAUCAUUCAGCAAGAUCCCGUCGUCAUCCAGGACUCCAUCAGGAAAAAUCUGGAUCCCAUGGAGAUACACUCAGAUCACGCCUUAUGGACAGCACUAGAUGAGGUUCAUCUUGCGGCAGAUAUACGGAGGCUUAAGAAAGGGCUGGACACGUUUAUGGGGAAGAGCGGGAAGCUGAGCGUUGGGCAGAAACAGCUGCUGUGCCUGGCGCGGACUGUGCUGUCCUACAACCGCAUCCUGCUGUUCGACGAGGCCACAGCCAACAUCGAUCUCAGAGCGGACCGACUGAUCCAGACGACUAUCCGGGAACGCUUCAAACACUGCACCGUGCUGACCAUCGCGCACAGACUCCACACCGUCAUGGACUCCGACAGAAUAUUGGUGAUUGAGGACGGUCGCGUGGCAGAGUUUGACGAGCCGCACCUCCUACUGACGGAGCGUCCGGACGGCGCCCUCGCCAGGCUGGUGUCGGAAACCGGGGAGGCCAUGGAACGGGACCUGCGAGAGGCCGCGCACCAGAGCUAUCUACAGAAACACGAACAGAAGAAGUCACAGUAGCGGCCCAACAAGCUAACCGUCCAGAUCAACGAAUCGCGUGAUAGAUAUAGAUAGCGAUAGAUAGAUAGAUAGAGCUAUCUGUUGCUGUUAGCCUGUCCGGGGGGAUACUGUACUUUCAGGGUACUAGCAACAGAUGGAAUUUCAUGGUGCUUAUCAAAAAUGUUAUAAAAUGUUAUAAAAAUAGACCUCUGUAUAUGAGUCCAUGGCAUAAAGGAAACUACGUAUACUCGUGCAAAGAUUCAUUUUUCGACAGUUAAAAAUUGCCGUUGUGGCAUGAACAAGAAAGGUGUAAUAAGUACUCCAAGGUGGCGCAUGGUUGCCUUUAAAAAUUAUGAAUUUAUUUGCAUAUUCUCUGUACGAUUUGUAAUACUGGUUAGCGUAAUAUUGGUAGCGUCAGCCCUUAAGUUUACCCUACGGUUAGCUAAUAUGACAGUGUCCUACUUAAAACAGUGCACUUUGGAGGAAAAAUAGUUGAAGUGCUUGGCCGUAUAGUUAUAAUGUUUGGGAGCGUACAGAAGGCAAUGGGUUUUAUCGAAGUAGAAUAGAAUAGAAUGUUUUCGUGGGCAGGUGCUAAAAUUUUACAGUGUGUCCGCGAAGCUUAAUUAGGCAGUUUGUCGGAGAGUGUUGAGCGUUAGAUGUUGUAGAUAGAGCAAAUGCGCAAAUAGUUAACGACUGUAUGAAAAAAAGCUUUAAUUUCCAACACUAACUACAAUGAAUUGUGACGUACCCAAAAUUUUAGCCCAAUUCAUUGUAGUAAGUGUAAGCUUAGUCUUUAUUUCAUAAUAUUUCAUUGUAGUAAGAUAAAGCUUCGUUUUUUAUUUCAUAAUGACUUUGGCAAGCAGCAGGGCUAUGAUGUAAGCAUCGAUAGAAAAGUCUGUAUUUUAAUUUACAGAUGCCAACGUGAAGCCGUCCAAAAAGGUUGGAAAACGGGAGGGGGUGUUGCUGAAGUAUUGGAAUCUACUUAAAUAUGUAUAUUUUUUAUGUACAGUAUAAAGGUAAAUUUUUUGUAUUACUAACUAUAUUUUAGAUAAAUGCAUGUAAGUCAACAACCUGAAAUAAAAGCAAUAUCGUACGUACGGUGGAUAAAUUUCGUGCAGUACUGUGUACAACUGCUGCGCAAUAAAGUUCAUUCAUUGUACACGCACAUACAUAUCUGCGAACUUCUAUCUCAAAUGGGUUGCUAGAAGUAGUAUAAA